AUAUUUAAGCGUUGUACAGUGAAAAAAGGUAAAAAAAUGUACAACGGUAACAAAAAAGAAAAUGAUGGCAAAGUGUCAUUCGAUACGGCUCUCGAUUUGGCAGGUUUCGGUCUGUACAGCUAUAACCUGACAGCGCUGACUGGGUUUAUCAUCAUAGCAUACGUAUGCAUUGCUUUUGGCACAACCAUCAUCAUCCCCGCCAGCGCCUGUGAACUUGGAACCACCAACGCGCAACAGGGCUUCAUAGCCUCUGGACCUUUAAUCGGUGUAUUACUGGGUGGUGUUUUUGGUGGCUAUCUCGGCGACAAGUUUGGUCGUCGACGCAUGCUGUUCGUCGCUCUGUUGUCCGCUUCUGCCGUCAAUGCGCUCGCCAGUAUAUCAGUAGACUGGAUCAUGCUGUUAAUACUGCAGUCUAUUGCCUCUUUUUGUGCGGCUGGCAAAUACUCGUUGUCUAUGACGAUGCUGAGCGAGAGCGUGCCGAUGGCCAAGCGCAACCUAGUCGUGCUGCUCGUCACCAGCAUAUUCCUGCUAGCUCAGGGGAUUAUGGCAGUUAUCGCCAUCCCUAUAAUCCCUCUGUCGUUCUCUUUCUACCUUCCUAAUCUGGGAAUAUACUGGAACUCCUGGCGAACGUUACUUCUGGUGUACUCAGCGCCGGGGCUGCUAGCCGCGGUCUGGCUGCUCAUGGUAAAGGAGAGCCCCAAGUACAUAUACUCUCAGGGACGGGAACAGGAAGCUAUUGAUAUCAUUAAAAGCAUGCAUAGAUUGAAUAUGGGAAGAUCCGCAGAAGAAUUACAAAUCUCAGGUCUGAUAUAUGAAAACCAGGAAUCAUCGGGUCCUUCGUCAGCCAAAGAACAGAUCGUGCCACUCUUCAAAAUGCCUCUAUUGAAGUAUACCAUAUUAAUGACGAUACUCUUCGUAUUCCAACAAGUGGGUGCAUUUGCAAUAUGGCUGCCGACGAUUGCAAACCAGUUUGUGCAGAUCGUGGAGACCGGUGAGGGCACUGACCAAAGUCUCUGCUCUAUACUUAGCAACAGUAUAGACGUCCCGGCAGAUCCAGAUGCAGUACCGUGCUCCCUCAACGUGAUCUCUUUACUAAUCGUGCUAGCGGUGGGCGCACUGCAGUCAAUCGCAAAUGGACUCCUUAGCUUGAUAGUGAACCGCGUGGGUCGUCGUAACAUGGCGAUGGUGGUGGCGGUAGUGUGUGGGCUGGCGGGCAUCAUCACCAACCUUAUCCCCAACGCGUACGCCAGCAUUGCGUUCUUCGUUAUCUUCAUGCUCGGCAUUCUCAUUGUGGGUCUCUACACUGCUAUCGCUGUCGCACUCUUCCCCACCAGUCUCAGGGCUUUGGCGGUGGCGCUCACGAUGACGGGCGGCAGGAUCGGCACCUUCGCCUCCGUGCAGAUCCUGAACCUGCUACUAGAAGUCAAUUGCGACGCGGGCUUCUAUCUCUUCAGCUCUAUAUUCGCCUCAUCAGCCAUUGUAGCAGCAUUCUUACCUAAUGACAAGUAUUUACAGACACCGCAGCCGAAGAAAGACGACACCUCAUAGAUAUUAAGUAAAAUUAGGUUUUCUUUGUAAAUAAAUGUUAUUUUUAAAGUA